CAUGUAAGGCCCUCAAUGCUCCACGUCAUUCCUAAACCCAAUAGCAAUCCAACUCCAAUGCCUUAUCAAAAAGGCCACAAACCCCAAAACUAAAAGGGAGAACUUUGUCAUCCCCUAACCCCCAAAAGCUGUGUGUUUUUUUCUUUCUUUUCUCUCUGUAACUUUCUUCUCUUCUGUGAAUCAAUGGCGAAAAAAGAAAUGGAAGUGGUGAAGGGUCUUGACCUGAAGCGAUAUAUGGGUCGGUGGUACGAAAUAGCUUCAUUCCCAUCUAUGUUUCAGCCAAAGAAUGGAGUGAAUACAAGGGCUACAUACACUCUCAGAGAGGAUGGUACUGUGAAUGUGCUGAAUGAGACUUGGAGUGAUGGUAAAAGGGGCUCUAUAGAAGGUUCUGCCUAUAAGGCCGAUCCUUCUAGUGAUGAGGCCAAGCUCAAAGUGAAAUUCUAUGUUCCUCCAUUCUUGCCCAUCAUCCCUGUCACUGGGGAUUACUGGGUUUUGUAUAUUGAUGAUGAAUAUCAAUAUGCUGUGGUUGGCCAGCCUAGCAGGAGAUAUCUUUGGAUAUUAAGCAGGUAUAACCAUAUAGAUGAUGAGACAUACAAUCAGCUUGUUCGGAAAGCCGAAAAUCAAGGCUAUGAUGUGAGCAAACUCCACAAGACACCACAAACUGAUCCUCCUCCAGAAGGAGAAGGUCCCAAGGACACCAAGGGCAUUUGGUGGAUCAAAUCCAUUCUGGGAAAGUAGUGGGGAAAAAAAAAAUGAAAAUACUAUCAACGUAAUAGGGAUGGAGUGUAGCUAGAAUAAAAGAACAGUAUAACCCCUUUGGAGCAUGUCAAGAGUAUGAAUAUUGAGUGUGUUCAAUGUUCUUGUAUAGUGUGAGAUAGUGGUGUUAUUUUUAUUAGCAUGAGAUGGUAGUGUUACUUUUCUGUGAAUUUGUUAUGCUUUGAAAUCCGAUCAUAAUUUCUGGAUAA